UUUCGUCUAUAAAUAUAAACUAAUACAACAGCAACAUGGUUUGGUGGCCAAGUCUUUUCUGGGUCUGGAAAACAGAAUCUUCUUCUUAACUUUCAGGGCUCACAACCUGAUAUUUAUUGACAGAUCUAAGCCUCCUCAAGCGAUGAAGCAAUAGAAAUAGUUUUCCGUUUCAUCUUUUGGGGGAGGGCAACAAAGGUUUAUUGCUAACGCAAAAGUCGGUGGGUAGGUACAGUAAUUAACAUGGAAGAAAGAGACUGUUGUUCGAGGGAUUCGACGAUCACGACGAGCAGAAGCGGCCCAGAGAAGCGGAAGCAGCAGAGACAACACCAAAAAGCAGCGAAGGACAAGCCAUACAGAGGGAUAAGGAUGAGGAAGUGGGGCAAGUGGGUGGCUGAGAUCAGAGAACCCAACAAGAGGUCCAGGAUUUGGCUCGGUUCUUACACCACGCCCAUCGCCGCCGCACGCGCAUACGACACCGCCGUUUAUUACCUCCGAGGCCCUUCUGCUUCCCUCAACUUCCCCGAGCUGUUGUUCCAAGAAGACGACGCCCUCAGCCGCGGCGACAUGUCCGCCGAUUCCAUACGCAAGAAAGCCACCGAAGUCGGCGCCAGAGUUGACGCCCUCCAAACAGCCCUUCACGCCUCCUCUCCCUCCACCAGUUCUACCCAAACCACCUCAGACAAACCCGACUUGAAUGAGUACCCGCAACCCGAAGACUCCGUCGAAGACUAUAAUUAGCUGAUCGAUACAUAUACAAGCAAUUACGAUCCUGAAUCUCUAUAUAUGUCCUCUCUAAUUAGUUCCCCCAACUAGAUAGCCCGUAGUAAUAGUAGUAGGUAUACAUGAUAUAUACUGAGUCUUCUCGGUGAAGCUUCUGGUGUAAUAUUCCCAAGUGUAACAAGCUAAGGUACAAGGUCCCCCUCCACAUCGGAGGGCAUAUGGUUCUGCUGGUCUCUGAUAGUCAUCAUCCAAUGAACUAUCUUGUUUGUUGCUAGAGACUUUUAAUUUUAUUUUGGGUUAUAUUCGAAUAGAAAGGAUAACUUUUCUUUCUAUACAUCUUGCUCUAAUAGAUAGUUUUAUAUGCAAAGCUUUGAGAUUGCUAAUGUGAAUAAAAUAUGUUGUAUAUGCUGUGGGAGGCUGCUUUGAGUUAUGUGAAUGGGAUAAGUGGAUUUGAGGCAAGAAAGCCGCAAGGAUGUAGGCAACAAGUGGAUGAAGAGGCAGAUUUUGGAGGCCACACAAAGAGAACAAGGCAGGGGCGAGGGUGGAGAGGGUUAAGAGUUAGUGGACCUCAAUCACAAAAGCCUGUCUAAUCUCUCACCCAUCACCCUCGCAGCCAAAGUUGCAGCUUCCUUACCUCCAUAGCUCUGUUCAUCACAGUUUCAUAUCCUUCGUGGGACCCUGCCAUCCUCUUUUAUUAUUUUUCCUUAUUCUUAUGAAUUACACAAUUCCAUCUUGGCCAAACCUUCAUGUUUCUGAUUUGCCAUGUGAACAAACUGUCUCCUCUUUACUAAAUUUGUCUUUCUCUAUUCCAUACGUCUUAAAGAGUGUGUGUCUAUAUACAAUAUACGCCCCCAUUCUUGGUGGACGGUAACUGUUCCUCAUUAUUUAUAUGCUUGCCUUCCAAUCAUUGUGGGAGAAUUCC